AUGUCGCAACGAGAACAUAUUCAAUGGACAGACGUUGCUGGCUUGGAAUCAGUCAAGAAAAUACUUAAAGAAGUCAUUGUUCUUCCCUUUUUGAGGCCUGAUAUUUUCACUGGAAUUCGUGCGCCCCCCAAAGGUGUCUUACUUUUUGGGCCGCCUGGUACCGGCAAAACAAUGAUUGGUAAGCACGCAGUUGCUCUUAUUUUCUACUAUUUCACAUUAUCACUCUUUCAUGUUGAUUCACUGCUUACUAGUCGAAAUGAACAGGAGCAUGAAUCGUCAAGGCGUAUUAAAACGGAAUUUUUAAUUCGACCUCAAGAAUUGGAUGCAGCGGUUAAGCGCCGUUUCGCCAAACGCUUGUACAUUGGUUUGCCAUGUAAUGCUGCAAGAGCACAGAUGGUUCGCGUGUUGCUCGAUGAUCAGAAACAUGCACUUACUGAUGCUGAUAUUGAGAGCAUUGCAAAACUUACAGAAGGUUAUUCGGGUGCCGACAUGAAGCAGCUGUGUACAGAAGCAGCUAUGGGCCCGAUUCGGUCGAUCGCUCUCAGUGAUUUUGAAGCAGCAGUACGCGUUGUUCGCCCGACUGUUGUUCCGGAGGAUCUCAAAAGUUACGAGGACUGGAACAGGCAUUAUGGUUCUUUUGUUUUUGAAUAA